GCUUCGCGGGGUUGCGGGACAGCUCCAGGCCUUUCUCGGCCGGUGGCGGAGGCGACCCUGGCUGCUCCGUGGCGGCCUGUCUGGGGCGGAGAUCUGCCCGAGGCCUCUUCCGCGCGGCGGUGGAGCCAGCGCCUGUACCCGGCUGGGUGGGGGGCGCGGUGCUGGGUUGGGGGGCGCGGAGACGCGCGGGGCCGCGCGCGGGCCCCGGGAGACGCGGCGCGGCCGGUGGGUCAGGGGCUAGUCCCCUCCGCCCCCGCGGCGGUGCGUUGCGGGCGUCGCAGGUCCGCGGGAGACGCGCGGGGAGGGAGCGCCCUGCCAGACAUUACGGGUGGUUGGAACUUCCUCUCUCCCAGCCAUCCCUUCACACCAGAGUUCCUCAUGACACCUGUUCCUCUCCAGACCUACCCUGUCAGCGGUCUGCACUCCCUCGACAGGAAAACUGAGAAGGAAAGAAUGGCCAUGGAUUUGCUGCCCACUGAGGUGACAGAGUCUGUGACAUUCAGGGACGUGGCCGUGCUCUUCAGCCAGGACGAGUGGCUGCGCCUGGAUGCCACACAGAGAACCCUGUACCGGGAGGUGAUGCUGGAGAACUACGGCACCCUCGUCUCGCUGGGGAUUCCGUGCUCAACACCGAAGGUGAUCUGCCAGUUGCAACAAGGAGAAGACCCCUGCCUCGUGGACAGGGAACUUCCUCAAGAUGCCUCUCUAGGUCUCAAGGCUCAGAUGGAAAUGGAAGCCUUGCCUCCCAGACAAGGCAUUUCUAGAGAAGAAACAUCUCAGGGAAUAAUAAAGAAGAGGUCCAUUAAGUGUGGUCACUGGGACACCAAUUUUGGACAGACGUUUGAAUUUGAGAGCAGGAUGGGACAGGAGCAGCAGAAGAAAUCUCUUAGGCAAAUGGUGACCUCCCACAAAAAAACCGUGAGUGGAGAAGUAAAGCAGACAAGUUUUGAAUUGGGGAAAGGCUUACUUAUAAAUAGAACUCUUGUUACACAGCAGAGUGUUCCUAUAGAAAAGAUACCUAAUAUCUAUUACACCUUUGGGAAAGAUUUUAAACAGAAUUUUGACCUAAUGAGAUGCUUCCAGAUUUAUCCAGGAGAAAAACCUCAUAUUUGUCGUGAAUGUGGGAAAAGCUUCACCCAGCGUCUCCAUCUGAUUGAACACCAGAGAAUUCACACUGGUGAGAAACCCUACAGAUGUGAUGAGUGCGGGAAAACCUUUAGCCACAGAUCCUCCCUUCUUGCCCAUCAGAGAAUCCACACGGGAGAAAAACCUUACAAAUGUAAUGAAUGUGAGAAAGCGUUCAGCAGCAGUUCAACCCUGAUCAAGCAUCUGAGGGUACACACAGGAGAGAAACCCUAUCGCUGCAAGGAAUGUGGAAAAGCCUUCAGUCAGUGUUCAACCCUCACCGUACAUCAGAGAAUUCAUACCGGUGAGAAACUCUAUAAAUGUGCCGAAUGUGAGAAGGCCUUCAAUUGUAGAGCAAAACUUCAUAGACACCAAAGAAUCCACACCGGGGAGAAACCCUAUAAAUGCAGUGAAUGUGGGAAAGGUUACAGCCAGUUUGCAUCCCUGGCUGAACACCAAAGGCUUCAUACUGGGGAGCAGCUGUGUAAGUGCCUGGAAUGCGGGAGAACCUUCACACGCAUCUCAACCCUUCUCGAACACCAGCGAAUUCAUACUGGCCAGAAACCCUAUCAAUGUAACGAGUGUGGGAAAACCUUCAACCAGUAUUCCUCCUUCAACGAACAUCGUAAAAUUCACACCGGGGAAAAGCUCUAUACUUGUGGAGAAUGUGGGAAAGCCUUUGGUUGCAAAUCCAACCUGUACAGGCAUCAGAGAAUUCACACGGGAGAGAAGCCCUACCAGUGUAAUCAAUGUGGGAAGGCCUUCAGCCAGUAUUCAUUCCUCACUGAACACGAGAGAAUCCAUACCGGGGAGAAACUCUACAAGUGUAUGGAGUGUGGGAAGGCCUACAGUUACAGAUCAAACCUGUGCAGACACAAGAAAGUUCACACAAAAGAAAAACUCUAUAAAUGGAAGGACUAUGGGAAGCCAUUUAUUUACAGUUCUUCCCUUACUCAGUAUCAGAGAUUCCUUAGAGCAGAUAAGCCCGGUGAAGUUUAAUUCUUCUCUCAAAUAAUUCAAGACUCCUUAUUGGAGAAUAAUAAAUAGGGCACACAUUCUGGAUUAGAUUUUUUUUUUUAACUGAUGGAGAAAAUAUACUAGUUCCCACUACGUCAUGGUGAAAUUGAUCAGUGGGAUUAUGAAGAGCACUGAUUUGUCGAAUUUUCCAAGUACCAUUAAAUGCUAAUAAGGUUUCUAAAAACAUAGACAUUUUUUUUUUAGUUCAUGGAAAAAAACAUAAAAGGCCUAACCAAAAAAAAAAAAACAUGAAAAUAAUGGAAUAUACAUUUUGUUUCUUUAAAGUUUAUUCACUUUCUAAGCACAAGCUUCGAUAUGAAUUUUCUUUUAAAUUAGUCAUUGAGUUAAUGUGAAUAAGUGUGAGCCUGUAUUUACUAAAAUGGCAAGCAAGCAUAGGACAUGCUCUCUUCCAUAAAGAAAAAUUCAAGGUAAAAAGGAAUUCUUUAAAUUCAAAUUUUCAUGUGGAAAUAAUCACUUUUUAUGAACUGCCUCAGCAGCAGGUUGUAUAUAUAAAUAUAUGUACGUGGACAAAGGACAUACAGACAUAUAUAUACAUAAACAUAUAGCUUUAGAGUACAUGUAUAUUUUUUCCAAAAGUCCCUGAUGAUUAAAAAAUGUGGUUUUGUUAAUUUAGAAUUUAGUUUGGGAAAUUAAAAAUUUGCCCAAAUGGGAUCUCUUUUCCUUUUCCUUAUAUAUUUCUUAAUUGGACAUGAUUUGACACUCCCAAAUAGAGUUCUAGGAUAGUAUUCUUGAAAGUGUAGUGAACUAAAGCAAGGGAGACUGUCAGGCAAAUACUCUCUUACCUGUUGCAGAAGGUACCUAUUUGCAGAAUCUGACUCUACGCCUGGUAGCUCAUUAGAGCCAGGAGGAAUUUUCACUUAGUUUAUGUAUAGCCUUUUAUUUUAUUAAUGAAAUUGAGCUUAUUGGUCAGAGUCAAGGCUAGAAUCUUAAGUUUUCAGCUCUGGUUUUCUAUGGUAAUUGUAGAUACAAAUUAUAAUCAUUGGUUUCCAACCUCAAGGCCCGAGAGUACUAUUCACUAUUUGUUUUGUAAACUGAUUGGGCAUAAUUGCAGUAAUUUAAUCAGUUUUAUUUCUUUGUUUGCCAGGAUCCCCCUAACUGCAGUCUCAGUCUUGUUCUUUCUUUUUCUCCUGUCUUCCUAAUUAUACCUGCUUUUAUAAUAACUGUACAUAAAUCCUCAGUCAACUGAGGUCCAGAUGGUGAAAUUACUUUUGGGGUUUUCAUGUAGAAGGCUGCCUUUUCAUUUGUUUUUUGUUAUACUCAUCUUCUAGGAAUCCUUUUGUGUAAAGUGAUAUGUGAAUAUUUUGAAUAUUAUUGUUAAACAUUCUAGUCUUCAGUUAAAAUUGGCUUUCCAAACAUUUUCCAUAUUUUUAACAUACAUUGCAUUUUACCCUGGGCCCACUUCCAGGGUAAAAUUAUUUUAUGUCUCACUUUCACCAUUGGUAUCCUUUAAAAAAGUGUUUUAAUAAAAGGAGCUAGAGCCUUCUGUCUGAGAAAGGUUUUAGAAUUAAAUGCAGGCAUUCAGCAUAGCAUAUUUCUUGACCUGCCUUAGCUCACUUGAAAAUAUCUUUUUAUAUAUUUAAGUAUAUUUACAAGGACAUAAACUUUUAAAAAGACCUCAGUGUUUAACACUGGACAGAGCCAUUUGCAAGAUAUUCUAGAGAAGAACAUUUGGUUACCCAAUAGCAAUGAGAAUGCUUAGUACCCAGAUUUUGGUUUCUAAAUGCUGUUCCCCACUAAAAGGAACCUGGGCUCAUUGGAAUAAUGGCUUAUUCUAUAUAUGGAGCAGGGAAAAAUAGAAGAUGUGUCUGGGGUAUCUUCUUAUGAAACAAAACAAAAAGAUAGCACUUCAAGAAUAAGCACUCAAAGGCUAAUGUCAGAAGGACAUGGGAGCCAACUUGAAGGUGCUCUCACUGGUCAAAUUUCAGAUAAUUUAAACAUCAAAUAUAACAGUCACUGUAAUUAGUUAUAACAUGCUAAGUAAAAAUGAGACCAUAAUGGAAAAGUAAAAGGAAAGCUCUCUAUAAGCUAAACUGAAGAAUGCCAUCUUUUAACUGGAAUGAGAGUUUCAGAAAAAUCACCAUUUUAUAAUCCUUCAUGUAAUUAAACUAGGCAAAUUCAAUGGCUGAUAAGCCCAUUAGGUGAAAAAAUAUUUAAGGAACAUUAUAUGGUGUCAAAGGUCACAGAUACCAAUUACAAAUCUAAUAGAUCUGGAGAAACCGAGUUUUGCUACUAGUGGGACAGUCUGACGUGAUGUGGCUCCUGAUGAGAUGCCUUAUGAGGUGCACAUGAUAAUCUGUGAUGUAUUCUUCCCAAGAAUGUUUGAUGAAAAUCUAAUUAAACCUCUUAUCCAGAUUUAUGUUCCUAUUUAUAAGAAAGACAAGAGAUAGAGGAACAAGCUGAAUUCCAUGAAGAGGAAAUAGACAAACCCAAAGUUUGAGACUUUGUACAAGACAACUGGUCUAGACUCUUCAAAAAGCCAAUGUAGUAGAACAAAAAAGAGACUUCUAGAUUAAGACCACUCAAAAGUCAUAAGCGAGGUGUGAUCCUUAGUUGGCUUCUGAUUCAGAAAAAUUAGAGCAACUAUAAAAGACAUUUGGGAGGGGAUACUUGGGGAAGUAUGAGGAUGGAAUGGGUUUUAGAUAAUGUCAUAUGUUUAAUUUUCCUGGAAGUGAUGAUAGUAUUGAGGUAUUUAGGAUGAUGCCCUUAUUCUUAGGAGAUGCAUGUAAAAGUUUUCAAGUUUGAAAAGUCAUGAUGUCUGCAGCACAUUUUCAGGUAAGUACAUAAAAAAUUAGGUGUUGUGAAAAAUUAGUCAACUUUGUGGAGGAUAUAGAGAUGUUCAUUGGUUAUCCUUUACAUUUUUCCAUAUGUUUAUAAUUUUAAUAAAAAAAAUCGAGGCAAAAAGUGAUUGCAUAAUGUGAUGAAUAUGAAGCUUCCACUCAAAAUUUUUCCUUUGUACUCACGUAAGUUUCCUGUUUGACAGUUUAUCUCCUGGGGAUGUAAUCAUUGGAAAUAAAAUAAUUUUUGGUUUGUUCUUAUUCCA